CCUCGUGGGCGCCUGCGCGGCGUCGCGAGUCGGUUCGCCCGCGGAGUCCGGAAGGUUUGGAGCUGCUCCGUGCGCUGGUGGACCUGCGCCAUGCCGGGCAUGGUGCUUUUCGGCCGGCGCUGGGCCAUCGCCAGUGACGACUUGGUUUUCCCCGGGUUCUUCGAGCUGUUCCUGCGAGUGCUGUGGUGGAUUGGCGUUCUGACCUUGUAUGUCAUGCACAGAAGGAAGCUAGACUGUGCUGGAGGAGUUCUUCUCAGCAGUUACUUGAUCGUCCUCAUGGUCCUUCUGGCAGUUGUUAUAUGUACUGUUUCGGCCAUCGUGUGUGUCAGCAUGAAAGGAACCAUUUGUAACCCUGGACCACGGAAGUCGAUGUCUAAGCUGCUAUACAUCCGCUUAGCGCUCUUUUUGCCGGAGAUGGUCUGGGCUUCUCUGGGGGCAGCCUGGGUAGCAGAGGGCGUCCAGUGUGACAGGACUGUUGUGAAUGGCAUUGUAGCAACCGUCGUUGUCAGUUGGAUCAUCAUCGCCGCCACGGUGGUCACCAUUAUCAUUGUCUUUGACCCACUGGGGGGGAAAAUGGCCCCAUAUUCCUCGGCUGGUCCCAGUCACCCGGAUAGUAAUGAUUCAAGCCAGUUACUUAAUGGCCUCAAGACAGCAGCUACAAGCGUGUGGGAAACCAGAAUCAAGUUCUUGUGCUGUUGCAUUGGGAAAGACGACCAUACUCGAGUUGCUUUUUCGAGUACGGCAGAGCUUUUCUCAACCUACUUUUCAGACACAGAUCUGGUGCCCAGUGACAUCGCGGCGGGUCUCGCCCUUCUCCACCAGCAACAGGACAAUGUGAGCAACAGCCAGGAGCCUAGUGAGGUGAUCAGCCACUCCCCAGGGGACUCCCAGGAAGCUGAUUUGGAUGCAGAAUUAGAAAAUUGCCAUCAUUAUAUGCAGUUUGCAGCAGCUGCCUAUGGGUGGCCUCUCUACAUUUAUAGAAACCCAUUUACAGGACUGUGCAAGAUUGGAGGUGACUGUUGCAGAAGCAGAACAACAGAAUAUGACUUGGUUGGAGGUGAUCAGCUCAACUGCCAUUUCAGCUCCAUCCUGCAAACGACGAGGCUACAAUACAGGGACUUCAUUCACAUAAGCUUUCAUGACAAGGUGUAUGAGCUGCCCUUCUUGGUGGCUCUGGACCACAGGAAGGAGGCCGUCGUGGUCGCUGUGAGAGGGACCAUGUCUCUCCAGGACAUCCUCACCGAUCUGUCUGCAGAGAGCGAGAGCCUCCACCUGGAGGCUGAGGUGCAGGACUGUGUGGCACACAAGGGCAUUGCUCAGGCUGCCAGAUACAUUUACCGACGACUCAUCAAUGAUGGGAUUCUGAGCCAAGCAUUCAGCGUCGCUCCCGAAUACCGGCUGGUUGUGGUGGGGCACAGCCUGGGCGCAGGAGCAGCUGCCCUGUUGGCCAUCAUGCUCCGGAGCUCCUACCCACAAGUCCGGGCCUAUGCCUUCUCCCCGCCCCGAGGGCUGUUAAGCAAAUCUCUUUACGAAUACUCCAAGGACUUCAUUGUGUCACUUGUCCUGGGAAAGGAUGUGAUUCCCAGGUUAAGUGUGACCAACUUGGAAGAUCUGAAGAAAAGGAUCUUGCGAGUGAUUGCUCACUCUAAUAAGCCUAAGUACAAGAUCUUGCUGCAAGGCUGCUGGUACGAACUGUUUGGAGGGAACCCUGAUAACUUCCCAACUGAACUGGAUGGGGGUGACCAGGGAGACCUGACACAGCCUCUUCUUGGGGAGCAGAGUCUGCUGACACACUGGUCCCCAGCAUACAGCUCCUCCAGUGAUUCCCCACUUGACUCUCCACCCAAGUACCCGCCUCUGUAUCCUCCUGGCAGGAUCAUCUACCUGGAGGAAGAGGGCAACUCAGGGAGGUUUGGCUGCUGGGCUGCUGCUCGGUAUAGAGCAAGGUGGUCACAUGAAGCAGAAUUCAGCAAAAUACUCAUAGGCCCAAAGAUGCUGACAGACCACAUGCCAGACAUCCUGAUGAGAGCCUUGGACAGCAUGGUGGCCGACAGAGCAGCCUGUCUCUCCUGUCCAGGACAAGGGGUCUCUAAUACAGAUGUGGUGUAAUCAGGUAUCCUGGGAAUGGCCCCAGAACAAUGRAUUCAUACAUUAAUUCUUAAACCAACUUAAUGCGCAAAUAACUUCCAUGAUGCCAGUACACUGGWUGCCCACUGACAGGAAUCUGAUGGGUACUCAAUUUAAUGAGCUUCAAGAUGACUCAACAGUCCGUUGGAACUACUUUUGAUCAUAGUGGCAGCAGGAUCAGGAGUCAGGGAAGCGUACCAAGACUACGGGRCUGCCAAGACAGCAAUGUGGGGAAGCCAGGUGGAAGCAGCUCCCCGACCCACGCCACCUAAGAACGGCCCCAAAAGGGCAGGAAUCCAACGGCAUUUGAAGACCCUAAAUGGACUGURGCCUUCCCCCCUCAGGGUCUUGUCCUGCUACCACUUGGGUCUGAACUUAGAUGACAGGUGUAUAGUUUAUUUUUCCAUAUCUCAGGGUACUAAGGGCAGCCCUGAGCUCCGUCUUCAAAUGAAGAUGAGCCAGGUCGGGAGGUAAGCAAAGGCCACUCCUGCUCCCUCAGCCUAUGGCUYUGCCUGUGUUUACACCACCUGGGUGUUUAAACAGUGAGAGUUGAUAGUUUGAUUCUCAUGUAUUAUUUUGGCUCUGAGGCCAGCCAGUGGGUUCAGAAGUUURAAAAAUAAAGUACUUGCACACCAUGA